UCUAGCAUGGAUUCGUAAUGAUCCUAACAAACUAAAAACUUUCGUUGCUAAUCGAAUAAUCGAAAUAACGGAACUUACUGUACCUUCGUCCUGGCGCUAUGUUCCAACUGAUCAAAAUCCGGCUGACUUGAUCUCCCGUGGCGUAAAUGGGAAUCAGCUAAUGUCAAUGAAUUUAUGGUGGAAAGGCCCAAAGUUUUUAUCUAAACCUGAAUCACAAUGGCCUUUGUUAAAAGGUUACAAAAAUUGUGAUUUGCCAGACAUUGAGGUCAGGUGUAAUACAAUUAUUAAUAUUUCUGAUCCAAUAAUCAAAUUUGAGAAUUUUUCUAAAUUGAAUAAAUUAGUAAGAACAUUUGCAUUCGUAAAACGUUUUAUUUACAAUGUCCAGCAACCCCAAAAUAAAUUUAUUGGUAGCUUAAGUGUAGAAGAAUUAAAUAAUUCAUUUUAUAUAUUAUGUGCCCUUGCACAACGUGAGUCAUUUCAACUUGAAUAUGAUACAUUGGUAAAAAAUAAACCAUUGCCCAAUAAAUGUAAGAUUUUGUCACUAUCGCCAUUUCUUGAUCAUAAUCACUGCAUAAUCCGCGUUGGUGGUAGACUGGAUGCAUCUGACUAUUCUUAUGAGAAAAAACACCCAGUUCUGCUCCACUCCUCUCAUCAUUUCACAAAAUUAUUCUUUGAACAGGAACAUAUUCGUAACAUGCAUGCUGGUCCACAGCUAUUGUUGGCUGUGGUAAGAGAAAGAGUUUGGCCAAUAAAUGGUAGACGCUUAGCCAGACGAGUGGUUAAUAAUUGUGUGCGUUGUAAACGUAUUGCAGGCAAAACUUUGAGUCCUAAAAUGGGAAACCUUCCUAUUCAAAGAAUUACUCCAGAUCAUCCUUUUUUAUCUGUGGGCAUGGAUCUAGCUGGACCCUUCUUAAUUUUAAAUCGACGAGGCCGCGGUAGUAAGCUCAUUAAAUGCUACCUUUGCCUAUUUGUGUGCUUACGCUAUAAAUGUGUUCACUUAGAGGCUGUCAGUGACUUAUCGAAAGAUGCCUUUCUGAUGGCUUUUCGUAGAUUCGUAGCUCGUAGAGGAAGGCCAGUGGAAGUAUUUUCCGAUAACGGACGAAAUUUCGUUGCUGCGGCCAAGGAAAUCGGUCAAUUUUUAAAGCAAAAUUCGGAACCAAUUGUUGAGUUUGCAAGUCAAGAAAAUAUUAAGUUCAUUUUUAGUCCGGCAUACGCUCCUCACUUCGGUGGUAUUUUUGAAGCCGGGAUAAAAUCCGCGAAACACCAUAUCAAACGUAUACUAGGUAACAGCCACCUAACAUUUGAGGAGAUAACAACAUUGUUUGCGCAAGUUGAAGCCAUACUAAAUAGCCGUCCCUUGUAUCCUCUAUCAUCCUCUCCUAACGAUUUCCUCCCACUUUCUCCUGGACACUUUCUUAUUGGAAGACCGUUGGUAUCGCUGCCCUCUCCAAAUUUGCUUGAUUGCAAGGAGAUCACAUUAAGAAGAUAUGAACGCUUAGAGAAACUCCGCCAGCACUUUUGGAACAAAUGGCAACGGGAGUAUAUUUCUGAAUUACAACAAAGAAGCAAGUGGAAAACUAACUGCGAUAAACUACAAAUCGGUGACAUGGUACUCAUACAAGAGGACAACAUACCACCUAUGAACUGGAGACUUGGUAGAGUCUCCCGACUAUUUCCUGGGAAUGAUGGAGUCUGCAGAGUAGCGGACAUUGACACCACAAGAGGACCCGUACGAAGAGCAUUAGUUCGGCUGUGCCCGCUGGUGGCACCUGAAGCAGAUGAUCAACUCGGUUGAAAGAACUCUUUCAACGGGCGGGAAGAUGUUUAGGCCCAAUGAUGUCCAAAGCCUUUGCCAAAAUGUUAAAAACAUAACGUCACUGUCAUUUUUAUUGUAAAAAAAAAAUUUAAUUCGACUUUUGGC